CGAGAAACGAUGAAUAAUUCGUGAUGUCACGAUUCACGAUCAGACUUUCUGUUUGAUAUUAAAAUGGGAAAAACGGCGAUUAUUUUCCUCAUCUGAUCGCGUUACUGUGAAAUUGCUUCCUGAAAAUAGAAUCGUUAAUGGAGAUUUCAUCAGUCUCUGUUAACGAAAACCCUAAUUUAUGAAUUCAUUUUGUUGAUUUUGAAUCCUCGAUUAAUCUGAAUUUCAUUUCUCAAAGAUACCUUUUUGGAUUGCCAUGCGACUCUGGUUCUUCUCUGAAAUAUCUCUCUCAAGAGAGGAAACCCUAGAAUUCACAUUAAACCCUCAAAUUGAAAGAUGACUGGUGGUGGGCAAGAAUCAUCGUCUCAUGGUGGUCCUAGUACUAAAAUCAUGUUAUGUAAUGCAGCUGCCGGUGCUUCAGCUGGUGUUAUUGCUGCCACUUUUGUUUGUCCAUUAGAUGUAAUUAAGACAAGGUUUCAAGUUAUUGGUAUUCCCUGCAAGCUUGUUGGUGAUGGUAGUAUUAGAGGUAGUUUAAUUGUUGGGAGUUUGGAAAAGAUAUUCAGAAAGGAGGGAAUCCGUGGGAUGUACCGUGGACUUUCUCCAACUGUCUUGGCAUUACUUCCAAAUUGGGCAGUUUACUUCACGAUAUAUGAUCAGCUUAAAAGUUUAUUAUAUGAAGACGUUGGGUACCAUCAACUCUCAGUAGGAGCGAACAUAGUAGCUGCUGCUGGUGCUGGAGCUGCAACCACCAUUGCCACUAAUCCUCUUUGGGUUGUCAAGACAAGAUUCCAAACUCAAGGAAUGAGAGCUGGGGUGGUACCAUAUACGAGUACACUGUCAGCUUUAAGAAUAAUAGCUCAGAAGGAAGGAAUUCGUGGAUUAUACAGUGGUCUUGUACCUGCAUUGGCUGGUGUUAGCCAUGUUGCCAUCCAGUUCCCAGCAUAUGAAAAGAUAAAAAUAUACCUGGCCAAACGAGAUAACACUACCCCUGAUACACUCUGCACGCGGGACGUUGCUGUUGCCUCAUCAGUCUCCAAAGUAGCAGCAUCAACUUUGACAUAUCCACACGAGGUUGUGCGCUCAAGACUUCAAGAACAGGGGCAGCAUUCUGAGAAGCGAUAUUCUGGUGUGCUUGACUGCACUAGGAAGGUAUUUCAGCAAGAGGGUAUCCCUGGAUUUUAUCGUGGGUGUGCCACCAAUCUAUUACGGACUACCCCAGCUGCCGUCAUCACAUUUACCAGCUUUGAGAUGAUUCACCGGUUUCUGAUUAAUGUAUUCCCUUCUGAAUCACAGCCUCAUGCGCUAUGACAGAUAUACAAGGAGAUGCAUAUAACCUGGCAUAUAUAGUGAUUGACCCCUGCUUCAUGGGUUCAUUAGAGUUCAUUAGAGGGGAAGCCAUUGAAUUAGGGUUUCCUUGUUUCAUGCUGUCAAAUACUCGUUGACAUUUCAGUUUGGUAAAGAAGUUGAGCAUGUUUUGCCUAUCAAAGUGUUUGAGAGAUGAUGAUGACGACGACAAAUUAAACGAUGUUAUUGGUUUGAUAAUAGUAACCCUUUUCCUCCACGUUCCGAAUGCAUUAAAAUGACAGUGGUUCUGUAAUAUACAUUCUUUCUAUGUAAGAAGCUCUGAUUUUAAAUUUUAAUCAGUCGGCUAUUAUUUACCAUGUCCAACAUGUUUGUUUUUGCUGCUUGUGCAAAA